GUCUAAAAAGUGGAAGUUGCGUUCAUUUCCAAAAAGGAAAAAUCGUAUGAACCAAAAACUUUUUAAUUAGACUUCCCGGUGAUUUCCCAUUAGCCUUCUUAGCUACGAGGCUCUUUCAAUUUUGAAGUGAAUUCAUUCCCCACCAGAAAUCCAGCUUCCUUUCUCAGCAACCAUCUUCUUCAGGACACUGAUGGGAACUCCUUACCCAAACCCCAUUUCUCCUUCCCAAACCCGCAUAGGCUGGAUUGGCAUAGGCGUCAUGGGAGCUGCCAUGGCCUCCCGCCUUCUCUCAGCCGGCUACUCCCUCACCAUCUACGCUCGCACUCCUUCAAAAGCUCAUCCCCUCCAAUCCCAAGGUGCCCAACUGGCCGAUUCCCCAUUUCAACUCGCUCAACUCAGCGACGUCGUCUUCACAAUGGUGGGACACCCACCAGAUGUUCGAUCAAAUAUCCUCGACCCAGAAACCGGCCUUCUCUGGGGCCUCCGCCCAAACUCGGUCUCCGUCGACAUGACAAGCAGUCAUCCAGCCCUUGCCCGCGAGAUUUUCAAUGCUGCGCGCACCAAAGAUUGCUGGACUGUCGAUGCGCCAGUGUCUGGGGGUGACAUUGGCGCUAGAGAAGGCAAACUCGCCAUACUUGCCGGCGGUGAUGCUUCCGUGGUCGAGUGGUUGGCCCCAGUGUUUGAUGUUUUGGGGAAGGUUACUUACGUGGGUCCUGCCGGCUCCGGCCAAAACUGCAAGAUUGCGAACCAGAUUGUGGUGGGAGGGAAUUUGGUGGGGUUGAGCGAAGGGUUGGUGUUUGCCGAGCGGGCCGGGUUGGAUGUGCAGCAGUUUAUGGAGGCGGUGAGGGGCGGGGCAGCCGGGUCGAUGGUGAUGGAGUUGUUUGGGGAUAGGAUUAUAGGGAGGGACUUCAGGCCUGGUGGGUUUGCUGAGUAUAUGGUGAAGGAUUUGGGGAUGGGUGUGGAUGUUGUGGAGGAGAAUGAGGAGGGGAGGGUGGCGGUGUUGCCUGGUGCUGCAUUGUGCAAGCAGUUGUUUUCUGGCAUGGUGGCUAAUGGGGAUGGGAAGCUUGGCGGUCAAGGUCUUAUCACUGUCAUAGAGAGGCUCAAUGGAAAGUGAGAUGAAAUGGUUAGCUCAAUUUGAAAGGUUUUGUUUUAGGCAAUUAGAAGAUCAUCCACUCCUUCUAUCUUCUACUGAGAGAUUUAACUAUUACAUUAAGAAAAUGGUUGCCAUGGCUGAAAGGAAGGAGGCCCAAGAAAAGAUAAUACAACAAGAAAGUUGACUUCAAUAGAGUCAUUGAGGAAGGAUGGGUCUUUCGUGAUGCUCUCAAAGAAAGACAUUAUAGCAAAAACGUUUACUAAAAAUAAAAAUUGAAUAACAUUGUCAGAGAGAAGAAAGAAAAGAAGAUGCAGACGAAAAAGAAGUUGAAGGCGAGGACGAAGAAGAAGAGGAAGAUAAGGGCAAGGAUGAAGUUGCUGCAUAUCAUCUUUUAAUUUUUCUUUUUUUGGUCCUGUUUGAAAACGAUUUUCCUAAGUAGCUAGAGUUCUAAUGAGUGAUAUUAUAGCAAGAGUUAUGUAUGUUUUAUUCUAGGUUCUAAUAAUCUUAAUGUUU